AAUUCCGAGAUUAGACAGUGCAUAAGCAUCUGCUCUGAAUCUAUCACCUGGACAAAUCAGAAAAAAGAAGACCAACAAAAAAAAAAAGAAAAAAGAAAAAAAGGAAACAAAGAGUAACAGAUAAAAAAGAGGCUUUUGGCAUCGAAUCUCCUCAGUUCUGCAUCGGUUCUAAUCAAUUUUUCUCGUUCAACUCUUCUCCCCUCUUCCCUCUGAAACGGCCACAUUCAAGAUGGGUUUUUAGCAUUGCUUCCCCCCCUUAAUGAUGGACCACAAUAACUUUACUAUAAAGACAUACAUGGCCAUCAUGGCCGAGAGGGAUGCUGCCAUCCGUGAACGGAAUAUGGCACUAGAGGAGAGAAAGAGGGCUUUCGCAGAGCGAGACAUGGCAAUGCUUCAGAGAGAUGCAGCACUUGCAGAGCGUAAUGCUUUGAUUCAAGAAAGGGACGACGCCAUUGCUGCUCUUCGAUUGCAGGACAGCUCUACUAAUGACAACAAUAUGGUUCCGGAUUCACCAGGAAAUGGAACUGAAAGUGGUGCAAAGCACAUUUAUAACCAACAGCAAAUGCAUAGAACCAUAGCUGAAGCUGCUCAUGGUUCAAUGAAAGAUCCCACAGCUGGCUACUUGAAAGACACAGAUACUUCUGAAGCAAAGGUUCCUAAAAAGGUCAGACGACCAAAAGAGAGCAGACACAAUAAGCAAGCCAAGAUUCCAAGAGUGAGCAAAAAUGGCGCAGAAAGUUUAAAUAUGCAGGUCAUUGCUACAACAUCAGAUGAUUGGGCAAAUCUGCAAGAGAUGGAUAGUGACAAGGACGGAGAUACACAGCUCACGUCAUGGAAAGACAAUUUGGGGUUGAACCAAAUCAAUUUUGAUGAGUCUGCCAUGCCAGUGCCAGUUUGCUCUUGUACGGGGACUCCACAGCCAUGCUAUAAAUGGGGUCAUGGUGGGUGGCAGUCAGCCUGCUGCACAACUACCAUAUCUAUGUAUCCAUUACCUCAAAUAUCAAACAAACGCUAUUCCCGGGUGGGUGGCCGAAAGAUGAGUGGUGGUGCCUUCAGUAAAUUGCUUAAUCGUCUUGCUGCUCAAGGUUAUGACCUGUCUAUUCCACUUGACCUGAAGGAUCAUUGGGCUAAACAUGGCACAAACCGCUACAGCACAUUGAAAUAGCUUCCAUGUGCACGUUGGAUUGGGACCUCACAUUAUGGAGAAGGCAUUGUUGGGGAAAGUGUGUUGUGGAUGAAAGGAAGUGUAUUUUAAUACUGUGCAGGAGAUAUACCCCUAAUAGCUAUUCGUUUCACAUUUUUUGAGCUCUGUCUGUCUCAGAGUUUUAAUUCAUCUCGUCAGAAUGGCCUCAUAUUAUGUACUGUACUUUUGCUUUCGUCAAAAUGUGUUGUAUAAUGAUUUGGGUGACAAAUAGCUUUGUUGCCUAGACAGCGAAAAUAGCAAUUUCUGUGUA